AUGGCAUUCGAUGCAAUCCCAAAAGAUUUGCGAGCUUUGCGAGCAUGCUUGGUGUGUUCGUUGAUCAAGUCUUUUGAUCAGUUCGAAACGGAUGGCUGUGAUAACUGCGAAGACUUCCUACGGAUGAAAAACAACCGGGAACAAGUUUACGAUUGUACCAGCAACAAUUUCGAUGGAAUGAUAGCGGUUAUGAGUCCGGACGAUAGCUGGGUUUGCAAGUGGCAACGAAUAAGUCGCUUUACAAAAGGAAUCUACGCCAUAUCCGUGUCGGGAAGGCUGCCAAACAGUAUAAUCAGGGAGAUGAAGAAUCGUGGCAUUCCUUACCGACCAAGGGACACGAGUCAACGAUAG